AUGAAGCAUGGCGUCGCAUUCCGCAAGUUCUCGAGGACAUCCUCGCAUAGAAUGCUCAUGCUUCGAAAUUUAGUCACCUCACUCUUCGAACACGAACAAAUCAAGACCACUCUGCCUAAAGCACGAGACACCGCAAGGUUGGCCGAAAAGAUCAUUACGUUGGGAAAGCGAGGUGACAGAGUUGCUCAAUCACGCGCUUCCGCUUUUCUUCUCAAACCCGAUACUCUUACAAAAUUAUUUGGUACAUUCGCUCAGCGUUAUGCAGACAGGCCGGGUGGAUACACGCGAAUCCAUAAGUUUGGGAACCGGAAGGGCGAUAAUGCAUCACACGCGGUGUUGGAGCUUGUCGACAAUCCAAGAGACAUGCGGUGGGAGAUGACAUCACGGGCAGUU